GGUCUUGCAGUGCCCCAAGCGGCCAGCAGGCGGUGUGCCGUCACUACACUGUGAGCAAGAGCGCCCUGCAGUGCCGCAGCCGCCAGCCGGUGAUACCCAUCACGGCAGUGUAAGAGGGCCCUGCAGUGGCCCUAGCCGCCAGCAGGGGGCGCCCGAGCCCUCCUUUUCAAAUGGUGUCGUGGCGCCGGCGUGCGUGGCUUGCGGGUGUGCGUGGCGUCGCGGCGCCCCCCCCCCAGCGUGCGGAGUUGUGUUCUCCUUAGUGCACACCUGGGGGACACCGCGAGUGCGGAGCUGCGUUUUCCUCUGUACGGACCUACGCGGCACAGCCUCGCUUUGGGACUACUGUGGGCCGCGUCCACGGUAAUUCAGGACAGCCGGGCAGGGUGGACAUCCACCGAGAAACUGAGCAAGUGUCUGCUGAGCUCUGGCACCACCAGAGGGCGCACGAACCCACCCCGACCAACUUCCCUCUGAGGAGCCAGAAGCAGUGAGGAGCUUCCACCUCCUCAGGGCAGCACGAGGGUCGUGUCAAAAACACAUGGGCUAGUGGGCUCCAUGCCAGUUUGCAUUUGCAGAACGAUGGCCCUGAACACUUCUCCCUCAUUCCCACCGCCAGCACCUGCGCGAGGGCCCUGCAGUGCCCCCGGCUGCCAGCAGAGGGUGUGCGAGCCCUGCUUUUCUAAUCCCGGAGGCCACAGCGUCCUGCCCAUUUCCUCCGCACAGGCCCCUGCGGGUUCUCCUCAGCACAGACCAGGGGACACCCCUCACUUGGGGACACCUCGAACCCGCGUCCACAUAGAGACGGAGUUUCACGAUGUUAGCCAGGCUGGUCUCAAACUCCUGACCUCAUGAUCCACCUGCUUUGGCCUCCCAAAGUACUAGGAUUGCAGGCAUGAGCCACCACGCCCUGCAGCUGCAUGCUUCUUAUGAAAAUCUAAUGCCUGAUGAUCUAUCACAAUCUCCCAUCGCCCCCAGAGGGACCAUCUAGUUUCAGCAAAACUAGCUCAGGCUCUCACUGAUUCUGCAUUAUGGUGAGCUGUUAGGACUGAAAAGUUACCAUUGGAUCACAGAAGUAGGGAAAUGAAUGAUGUCCUUGUUAAAGGUGGUCUCAGAAGUUGGACUCAAAUGGAUACAGAAAGUGAGCAGGAGACAGUAGCUUGGGAAGUGCAGGGCAUGAAUCUCUCGGGCGAGAAGCAGCGGAGCCUCUCCCAGGCUAUGUACAGGAAGGCAGCUGUGUACCUGCUCGAUGACCCCCUGGUGGCUGUGGACGCCCACAUCAGGCAGGCUGAUUGGAUCGUGGUGCUGGCAGAUGGGGCCAUUGUAGAGAUGGGAUCCUACCAGGAGCUUCUGCACAAGAAGGGGGCCCUCAUGAGUCUUCUGGAUCAAGCCAGACAGCCAGGAGAGGAGAAGGAGAAACAACCUGGGACCAGCACCAAGGACCCUAGAGACUCCUUUGCAGGCAGGAGGCCGAGCAUAGACCUGAGAGGUCCAUCAUGUCGAUCCUUGAGAAGGACCACACUGCUUCAUUAGCCCAGAGAGGGGUUCCUCUAGAUGACCCUGACAGGACAGCAUGGCCAACAGGAAAGGACAGUGUGCAAUACAGCAGGAUAAGGAAGCUGAGGCACAGAGAGGUUCGGCCACUGGCUUAGGGUCCUGCUGCUACAAAUCUGAAGUUCGUGCACAGUUGCGGCCAGUCAGGACUAUUGAAAACAUCCAUCUAAUCCUAUCUUGUCACUUGCCUGUC